AUGAGCGAAAGCAAGAAGCGUACGGCUGCUGAAAGCGAGGUAGAAGCCGGUUCGGAGACUCAAGAUGGAACUGUUGAAGAGUUCGCGGGAUUGAAUCUCUCGGGAGCCACAUUGAAGGCUGUCGAAAAGAUGGGGUUCACUAAGAUGACACCGGUGCAGGGAAGGACGAUUCCACCUUUGCUGGCGGGACGCGAUGUGCUUGGGGCUGCGAAAACCGGGUCUGGAAAGACGCUGGCGUUCUUGAUUCCCGCGAUUGAGAGGUUACAUUCGCUGAAAUUUAAGCCUAGAAACGGUACUGGUGUGAUCGUGAUCACUCCAACGAGAGAACUGGCGUUGCAGAUCUUCGGAGUGGCGCGCGAGCUGAUGGAGUUCCAUUCGCAGACGUACGGAAUCGUUAUCGGCGGUGCAAAUCGUAGGCAGGAGGCCGACAAAUUGGUCAAGGGUGUGAAUUUACUGAUUGCCACACCCGGCCGUUUGUUGGAUCAUUUGCAAAACACAAAGGGCUUUGUGUUCAAGAAUCUGAAGGCGUUGGUCAUCGAUGAGGCGGAUCGUAUCUUAGAAAUCGGUUUCGAAGACGAAAUGAGGCAGAUUAUCAAGAUACUACCCAAUGAGGACAGGCAGUCCAUGCUGUUCUCCGCUACGCAGACUACUAAGGUGGAGGAUCUCGCCAGGAUCUCUCUGAGACCCGGCCCGCUAUUCAUCAACGUGGUCUCGGAAAAGGACCAUUCUACCGCGGAUGGUCUGGAACAAGGGUAUGUGGUUUGUGAGAGUGAUAAGAGGUUUCUGCUGUUAUUUUCGUUCCUGAAGAGGAAUCAGAAAAAGAAGACGAUUGUCUUCCUGUCGUCGUGCAAUUCGGUGAAAUACUACGCUGAACUACUCAAUUACAUCGAUCUACCGGUCUUGGAUCUGCACGGCAAGCAGAAGCAACAGAAGAGAACUAACACGUUCUUUGAAUUCUGUAACGCAGAGAGGGGGAUUCUGAUCUGUACCGACGUCGCCGCAAGAGGCCUCGACAUCCCAGCUGUCGAUUGGAUUAUUCAGUUCGACCCGCCUGAUGACCCAAGGGAUUACAUCCACAGAGUCGGUAGAACGGCCAGAGGAACCAAAGGCAAAGGUAAAUCUUUGAUGUUCCUAACCCCCAACGAACUCGGAUUUUUGAGAUAUUUGAAGGCUGCCAAGGUUCCACUCAACGAGUAUGAAUUCCCCACGAACAAAAUCGCAAACGUUCAAUCGCAGCUUGAAAAGCUGAUCAAAUCCAACUACUACCUACACCAAACAGCCAAGGACGGUUACAGAUCGUAUCUACAAGCUUAUGCGUCACACUCGUUGAAGACGGUAUAUCAAAUUGACAAGUUGGACUUGGCAAAGGUUGCCAAGUCCUACGGUUUCCCCGUACCCCCAAAGGUCAACAUCACAAUAGGAGCCAGUGGCAAGACGCCGCCAGCUAAGAAGCGCAGGAUACAUAAGAACUGA